GAGACAAGACUGCCACACAGUUUUACCUCCACAGCACAGCACACACAAGAUCAUAGUUUAGGAGCGGAGAUUUCACGCCCUGCUGGGUCCAUGUUACCACCAACAGACUGCUGAGGAUUCCUCCCCGAAGCUGAAACAACAGAAAUGCAGUGUAGACUUGACUGGUGACUGGUCUGCAGGCUCUCCACUUCUCUCGUCCCUGGAGUCAGCCGGUUGGGGGGCAGAUUCCUGAGUUCCCCUCUCAGUCUGAGUCUCUGUCUGGACAAAACUGCGCGCCAUUGGAGUACACAGUUCAUCCUCGCCCGUGUUGCUUGGAUCAGCACAGCUCAUCUCCCAACCGAGGAGAGCGCAGCAGCUGCACAAGAUUCACCUUUAACCGACUGAUCCCUCCCGGCCCCGCCCACACUGCCCCAUCACCAUGGUGCUGUCACAACGGCAACGAGAUGAACUAAAUCGAGCGAUAGCUGAUUAUCUACGUUCCAAUGGAUAUGAAGAAGCAUAUUCCACUUUCAAGAAGGAGGCGGAGUUAGACAUGAAUGAAGAAUUGGAUAAGAAGUACGCUGGCCUUUUGGAAAAAAAAUGGACUUCAGUCAUCAGAUUACAAAAGAAGGUGAUGGAGCUCGAAUCGAAACUGAAUGAGGCGAAGGAGGAGAUCACCCUGGGCGGGCCCGUCAGUCAGAAGCGUGACCCCAAAGAGUGGAUCCCACGCCCGCCAGAGAGGUACGCGCUGAGUGGCCACCGCAGUCCGGUCACCCGCGUCAUCUUCCACCCGGUCUUCAGUGUCAUGGUGUCGGCUUCGGAGGACGCGACAAUAAAGGUGUGGGACUACGAGACAGGAGACUUUGAACGCACACUGAAGGGCCACACAGAUUCAGUGCAGGACAUCUCUUUUGACCAGACCGGAAAACUGCUAGCAUCCUGCUCCGCGGACAUGACUAUCAAGCUGUGGGACUUCCAAGGCUUCGAGUGCAUCAGGACCAUGCAUGGACACGACCACAAUGUUUCGUCUGUAGCCAUCAUGCCCAACGGAGAUCACAUCAUUUCUGCCUCAAGGGACAAAACCAUGAAAAUGUGGGAGGUAGCAACUGGUUAUUGUGUGAAGACCUUCACAGGCCACAGGGAGUGGGUCCGUAUGGUGCGGCCCAACCAGGACGGCACUUUGUUGGCCAGCUGCUCCAAUGACCAGACGGUGCGCGUGUGGGUCGUGGCCUCCAAAGAGUGCAAGGCUGAACUGCGGGAGCACGAGCACGUGGUGGAGUGCAUCUCCUGGGCACCAGAGAGCGCCCACCCAACCAUCCUUGACGCCACAGGCUCUGAAUCCAAGAAGAGCGGUAAGCCGGGCCCCUUCCUGCUGUCUGGCUCCAGAGACAAAACCAUCAAGAUGUGGGAUGUUAGCAUUGGCAUGUGCCUUAUGACACUGGUUGGCCAUGACAACUGGGUGCGUGGGAUCCUCUUCCACCCAGGAGGCAAGUUUAUUGUGACCUGUGCGGAUGACAAGACCUUAAGGAUCUGGGACUACAAGAACAAACGCUGCAUGAAAACCCUCUGUGCCCACGAACACUUUGUUACCUCUCUGGAUUUCCACAAGGCUGCACCCUACGUGGUCACUGGGAGCGUAGAUCAAACAUUAAAAGUGUGGGAGUGCCGCUGAUUUGGACCUCAGAGGAUUGGACCACCACCCCCAAUUACCCAGGCACUCUUCUGGAUCCCCCCCGACACCACCUCCACCACCACCACCACCACCACCUCCUCCUCCUUCUCCUUCUCCUCCUCCCUUCCUACCAAUCAUCCCAUCUCCCCUUUCAUUCCACCUUCCCCCCAACCCUCUCCCCUCCUUCUCCAACUAAUCUAAACCUUGCCCGCACAUCUUCAUCUCCUUUGGCUGCACUUACCACCAUGGUUAUUUACCCAUCGCGCUCUCUGGUCCAAUAACUUUUGUCCUUCUAUGUAAAUUAUUCCUGGAUGUAGAUCAAGCUAUUAAAUGUUACACAAAAAAAGUAUUCUUGCAUGGUAAUCCAAAAUUGUAUACUGUAAAUUUACAUAACGUUGUCUAGAAGUACCAUAGGUUUAACACGGGGCUGGCCGUCUGUCACGCAGCCUUACCGACCAACCGAAGGCAGAUGUUUUUGACUGGGUGUAAAAUGUAGGGCACUAAAAAAAAAACCUAAAAAAAAACCCACAAUAAUUUAAGAAAUGACAGUGUCUUUAUGUGUAAGAUUUAUUUUUGUCUAUUUUUUUAUUUAGGAUUUUUUUUUUCCUUUGUUAUUUCUCUCCUUCACUGUCGUAGUAUGUUGGUGCCUAGCUUGGUGAAACUUUCGAGAGAUAAGGCAGGAAAUAGCAUAUACGAUGCGAUUAAGAUUGUCUGUGGGGCUUUGUUAUUGAAAUAAUCUGUAGCUUUAUAACAUCACUUCUCAAGUGUGCAUACCAUUUCUCUUCAUGUGGAACUAGGUAAUAUUUUAAUGGCUGUAUAUACGAAUGUUUCAAACUGUUGUCCUUGGACCUCGGGGGCUUAAAAAAAAUGGCUUUGUACUCUUGUCAUGGUGGCACAUGAACUACUGCUAGGCUUGAGGUGAAUUAUCCCAUUUAAUAAAUUAUCUGCAAUCAAGAAUUAAAUGUUUUAAAGUAGCUUUGUGAAUAGCAGCACUGAGCUAUUCACCAGAAGCCCAAUUUAGCCUGUUUGGCUUCUUUUUUUUUUUUUGCUGUCAGUGAGCGCCCUGGGUCACAGCAGCACCUGAACGAAGUUCAGGGAUUACACCAUUUCUAAUCUCUAGCACUUGAUAAAGACCUUGGGUGUGUCUCCCCUGUAGGAGAUCAUUUCCUGUGACCUUGCAUGUCAGACGUAUGUCGAUCUGAAUCCUCUGUGCACCUGUAGUACCCCUGACUGGUCGGUCCUGGUAGGCGGGGGGGGUUUGUGUAAUAUAGGAAUUAUAUAGAAGAUGCUCAGUUGUCCCACGGCGCCUCUGAAGGCUACAACCACAAAGCCUAACAAAGGCAUGACGAGGAGUCAAAGUGAGCCCCCCAGGUUUGAUAUUUGGGAUGUGCAAGGAUAUCACAUUUCUGAGGGGUGAAAUAUGUUCUGCAUAAUAAAAAUGGUUUUGAGUAAUAAAAUUUUUUUAAAAAGUUAUAAAAAAAAAAGAUCAGUUUUCUGUGAAAAUAUGAAAUGUAAAUUUAGCUUGUUAUUAAGAGAUUUGGCAGUUUUGUAAUAUCGCACUAAAGGAUGAACUGGAUGGGAAUUUUAGGAUUAGUGAGGAGAUGCUAGCAGCGGACAUGCUGAGUGAUCUGUGCACGCUGAUUGUCUGUAGAGCGGUCCGAUGCUAACGUACUGAAGGAUCUCUACAGACGAACCCCCCGCCCCACAGACCACAUCACAUGAUUGCACACGUCCUCUGAGUGGCUCUCCUCAGCGUUUGAUCUCUGCGGAACAGUUCAACAGGACGGCUAUUUUUUGGGGGGAUAUAAGACUGGAAGAUAAAUGUAAUCCAGUCCACGCUGUAGAAAACAACCAUUCCACUCCCCUUGGAGGAAAACGAUGAAACAUCUUGCCUCUAACUAAAGCUGGCAAGGUGAUUCAUUAAUCUUGCACAUCCCUGUUUUCACUAAAUCUUUGGUCCUUUUAACGACGAUCAAAGACAACAUAAGAUUUAAUGAUGUUGAUAAAUGCAUAAACCUAUAAUUUUUUUUCUUCUUUUCUUUUUUUUUUUUUGAUUAGCCUUUUCAUUCCAAUGCAGUUCUUGGCUAAUAAAGACUUCCACUGCUUAACUGAACUUCUUAUCUUAGCUUCUUUGCCAAGUUUUCCUCUUCUUGUGUGUACUGGAUGUGGUGAUCUGCUGCUCAAGCUCCUGCUAGUGGCUACUGUGAGCCUAAUGUGACCUGUUGAUGUAGCAUUGAUGCAUGUUAAAACCUGCGCCAGAGGCACAGCUGUCAGAACGAUAUUCUUUUAAAAAUAAAAAAAUACCAGAGCCGCCUUAUCGGAGACUCUGUGUACUCAAAGAAGAAGACUUGGUGGGUUCAGACAGCUCUGUUCCCUGGUUGUAGAAAAGGCUGGUUUUGUUGUGUGUGAUGCUUCUUGACAGAGGUUUACAUCCUCCUUCAUCUGUAAAUGCAAAUGGGAUUGUGGCAGACUAGGAUUUUCCAAAGGAGAAACCCUCUCUUUCAGGGAAUAUUACUGAUGUCUCCCUUUUGGUGUGCACCCCCCCCAAACAAUUUUUUUAUUUUUUAUUUCCUACAAGCUGUUUCCUCUGUCUUGGAGAGAAUCGGCUCAUUUUCUAGUGCAAUUUGGCAUGGUUGAUUUAAAAAUAAAUAAAGCCAAGUUGUUAAAUGUUCUAGCUGAAGCCAAAAAUGGAGACGUUUGUCAGUACAAUCUGGUUUAUCUCGAGAAAUCAGCCUCCUCGUUGGUCCGACACAAUGUGACCAACUUGUGAAAAUUAUUCUAGUCCCCUCAGGAUCACAUUAUGACUGUAAAAUAGAGAUAACAAAAAAGCCUCCUUCUUUACUUGGUUUUAGGCGAAGAAGGGCGGUAAAUCAAAGGUCAGGACGUUGUGUGUUCUGCUUCUUUUGUAAGAAUCAGAGGAACACAGCUACUGGUGUUGUAUGCAAGUGUGUGUCCUGUUGAAGGAACCUCCUCCCCCCCAGUUUUGCUAUUCGCAGGUCCCAAGCAAUCCCUGUGCUCUCUGGUCUGGUCUGGUCUGGUCUGGUGUGGUGUGGUGUGGUGUGUGUGUGAAGGGACCGACGGACAGUUUUUCACUGUCUGUGGGUCGUUUCCUCCGGCCUCAAGUUCACCUGUCCACUGUAACCUGCCUGUGAAAACACAUCUGAGGGCUUCAGACUGCACAACAAAGCUCCUACAGGAGAGCUCAUGAUGUUCAUGCCACUUAUGGUCUCACUCUUCACUCAGCAAACUGUUAACAAUAUACCUGGAUGUCAUUAUUGUUUGCGAUAUAAUAAAAGAAGAAAUCUGCA